CUGAAAAUGAUUUUCGGGAUUGCGCAUUGUUGUUACACCUGCUUGAAAAUUUAUUUGUCUUUGCACCCUGGGGUGAGGCAUUUUUCUCUAUGACGAAACUUUGAAAAUAGACUGAUUGAAACAUGCCAUGAAGAAUGUAGUUAGUAGAUGUAUGUGGCGGAUCUAGGGGAGGGGCUCGGGGGGCCCGGGGGCCCCUUAUUUUGGAUAAAGAAAAGUCGGCAGGGCAAGCAAAAACAAAACCGCCCCCGCCCCCCGCCCAGGUCUGGAUCCGCCACUGUAUGAAAUGGUUUAGGUUGAAGGUGCUCUUGUCUCAACGUAUCUUCCACAGAAGGUAGUAGGGCAAUUUAAUAGGAUUAUAUUAACUAAUACUUUACUGUUUGUUCUUUUAGGUGAGCACCAAGUUGAAAUGCAAAGAGAAACCUACAUAAAUGAGCAGUAUCAGUACGGAGAAUCGUGAAAAUGUCAAGGCUACAGCUCUUCGUGUUUAGCAGAUGUUGUUCCAACAGGCUUACCUGGAUCUGUUUAAUAAUAUAUUCUGUAUCAUUCCUGGGUCUCUUUCCAAUCCUUUUCAAACACAUGAGAUAUUCAUUGUACUAUCGCAACCCUUUUCAUAACUCAUCGAGUGAGAUGGAUUACCAUAUGAGACAAAACAAAUUACGUGCUGCCAAGGCAUCACAGUUUUGGAGUUCACAACGUCAGAGUAUAUCACUUGACUUGACGAAAAAGCAAAAAGAUGUUGACAUUGAUGUCAUGAUAGUUACAACAUCUCGUGAUAACCCACUAGUCAAAGGAAAAAAUCCCAAGUUUUUGACUCAAAUUUUGUGGCAGUUUGUCCACAUUUUAAAUGACCCAGAAACAAAAGCAUUACCAUGGAAAAUAAGUUUGUCAAUCUGUAACGUUGACUCAAAACAUCAUGAAGAAGCACGGAACUUUUCUUCCGUUGUGCAGUAUUUUCAACGUUACUCUGAUGAACCAAAAGAUGUGGCACGGCCGAACAUCAAAGAAAAAGAAAAGCAAGAUUAUGCAUUUUGCCUGGAAGAGAGCCUGAAGUUCAACCCAAGGUAUUCCUUGUUAGUUGAAGAUGAUGCUUUCCCUCAUCCGCAGUUGUUUUAUAUCUUGUAUAACCUUCUUGAAAUCAGAGGAAGUGCCAUGGCCUCUCGUAUGCGCGACUCAGAUGUCCUGUUUUAUAAAUUGUAUCACCCAGAAAGACUGCAGGGGUUUUGGAGUAUAGAACCAGAACGCAUUCCUGAACUUAUAAGCUUUGCUGCUCUCUUUGGAACUUGUUUUACAUUACUAGUAAUCUAUUUGUUGCCUAAAAGGACAAAAGCGAGUUUCAGGUCUCACACUUUCCAUGUCGUUUGGUUUUUGAUCGUAGGUUACUUUACAUUGACAGCCAUUGCUGUUAGUAGGCAGCAUUUAAAUGAGUUAAGGUAUAUAUCGAGGAGUAUAUUUUCAGUUGGUCCCACACCAUCAUGUUGUACUCCUGGAAUGCUUUUUGUGGCUGAUAAAGCUCAACACUGGUUACAUUAUAUGAAGAAUCACACUUGUCGCUCAAAUUAUGGCAAGGACAGUAUGUUAGAUGAUUAUAGGCAUAAGUUUAACAUGAGAGGAUUAAUUGUGCAACCUAAUUUGUUUGUCCAUAUUGGCUUUUUGUCAUCUCUUAAUCAGAAAUUGUUGGACCCUUCACUUAUGUAUUACCCGCAAUGGUUCAAGCUAUUUUAAGUGAUCAUUACAAUCUGUAAACUGUGGUAUAAGGAAUAUAUUUUUUCAAAAAUGUGAAAAGGCCGAUGUAAGGAAACUUUAAGUUGUAGCAAGAGAAUAUGAGCUGUCUAUCAUGGGUUGGAACAAGACUACAACCAGGACAUAAUCUCUUGGUUGUAGUCUUGUUCCAACCUAUGAUAGUCCAAUUAAAUAAUCCUAAUAUUUAUUAAUAAUAUCUAUUUAUAUUUUUAUUUCUUUUUGUAUUCCGUUCAAUUGUUUUAUGUUGACGUAGUGGUUUAUAGUUCAUUGAGCAGGGAGCGAAUUUAAAUGAAAUACCUUUGCCUCUUCCAUAAUCUAACAAAAAAAGUGAUGAUAAACUAAGUGGACAAAAUUUCCAUAAUAAGCUCAGGGACGUUGCGUUUGUCCAGUAAUCGGACAGUUGGGUGCAUUUUCUAAUCCUUAGAUAAUUUUUUACACAUUUACCAAGUAGAAGAUGAAGACAAAGUGCUGCUUGCACUUUGAAGGUAAAGGCUUUUAAAAAUAUUAUCAAGUUUUUUAUCAUCCUGCGAAACGUAGUCCGCGCCUAUCAUGAUCACCCUUUUAACUAUAAAACUUCGGGUAUUGUAGCACAUUGUCUUCUCAUCACUGGAACUGAAACAUUUCAUACCUCAGUGGUAUUAAAAAUGCAAGCUUGCAAUUUCAUCUUGUCAGAAAAUCUGUAAGCUUACUUUUUUAUCCAAAAAAUGUAAAAGCUUCGGCUUAUUCACUUUCUUACCUGAAUAAUCCGAUACAUGUUCAAUAAACUGUGUUAUGUCUGUUUAAUACAGUCUGCAAACCCAGUGACCUUUAGUGUGCAUUCACUUGUUUAGCCAAGAACAAUUUGAUAAACAACUGGAAGUAACGAAGUAGGUAGGACCAGCACCGUCGCCGAAUUUUUGACUUCUACCUGCUCGUUUUCUUUUGGGCAGGUUCCGUUCACCAAUCACAGUCGCGCAUCUCAGUGGCGGGAAAAUAUCGAGCGGGUUGCGGCCAUAGAAAUGGCGGGAGGUUGACGGAAACUCCGUUAUUACGAAUUUCCGUUUAUCAUUUAAUUUCGUGAGAAA